AUGGUACGAACGGUGCUGCAGCUUCGUGUCUGCCUCGUCCUCGCCUUGGCCACCAGCGCCUUCGCUGGCUACCUCCACCACGGCUACGGCUAUGGCCACGGAGUCGCCUAUUCCGGUCUGACUGGAUACGGCUACGCCCCCGCCGUGAGGUCCUACGCGACCGCUUACCACGCUGCUCCAGUCGCCAGGGUCGCCACCUACCACGCUGCUCCAGUCGCCAGGGUCGCCACCUACCACGCUGCUCCAGCCGUUGCUGCACUCGCCGCUCCAGCCGUGACCGGCAGCUCCACCCACACCGUGUCCACCUACCACACCACUCCGACCGUGGCCACCUACGCCACCGCUCCCGCUGUCACCAAGGUGGCCGCCUACCACGCUGCUCCGGCCCUGGCCACCUACGGCUACGCCCCCGCCGUCAGGUCGUUCGCCACCUCUUACCACGCUGCUCCAGUCGCCCGGGUCGCCACCUACCACGCUGCUCCAGCCGUUGCUGCCUUCGCCGCUCCAGCCGUGAGCGGCAGCUCCACCCACACCGUGUCCACCUACCACACCACUCCGACCGUGGCCACCUACGCCACCGCUCCCGCCGUCGCCAAGGUGGCCGCCUACCACGCUGCUCCUGCCCUGGCCACAGUCGCCCACGCUCCGGCUUGCGGCUACGGCUACGGCCUCGGUUACUACGGCUAUGGACACGGUCUUGCCAGCUACGGUCUGAACUACGGCUAC